AUGUAUACUUAUACUGUUCCACCAAAUCGAUGUUCGCUGUGUUAUGCGCUUUUAUCAACGACUCAGUCUUCGAAUGGUUAUUCAUCAUCACAUCCACGACAUGGCCAGCGUUGUUCAGCAGCAUCGGUUGAACGACUUAUUUCGUCGUCGAAGCGCUUGGAAAAACUAUGGCAGAAGAAUGGUAAUGAAAUGGUCAACAGUCGUUUGAUAUGUUUUCGAUGUUGUGAAAGCAUUCGACAAAUUGAACAGAUCCAUAAUCAACUCGAACGCUUAAAUCAUGAACAACAUAUACUUAUGAAUAAAAUCGAACACAAUCUUUAUAAACGUGCGUUAAUUCUUCAAGGCCAACGACAACGAACGAAUCUAUUUGCAUUUAAUCAUCAGCAAAUCCCAAUUGAUGAAGAUGAUGAUACUGAAGAAGGUGAAGAAAAACCUCGAACAGUAAAUGUAGCCAAUGGUUACAACCAUUCAUCACCUCUUGCUGUCUCAACAACAACGUUAGUUGGUGCUAAACGGCGAAAAUCGAAGAUCGCGCAUAAAAUCCAUACCGAAGAUAAAUCUUCAUUGCUCAAUCUUUCAGUACAAUCAAAUUCUCCUGUGGAAAAAUUCUCUCCGAAUCUACACUUUAAUCCUCAUUUACCCAAACAUCAUCGAACAGGAAUCUUCUCAUCUGGUAUCAAUGGUCAUAAUAAUGAUUUAACCAAUCUAUCAUUUGCAUCAGCAUAUAAAUCUUUGACUAUCCCACCGUCAUCAUCAGCAGCCACUCCUCCCUUUAUCGAUCCAACAACUGGCGCCCUAAUUGCCAUUGUUUCAAAUCCUCACCACGCUGCAUUACUUGCUCAACAACAUCAACAACUGAUGAAAUCGUCUUCAAUUUCACCUUCAUCCACGAACACGACCGAUGAACAAGAAAUCAUCCCUCCGAAAAGUCAACACCCGAAAAAAUUUCCUUGUCUUCUUUGUGGCCGUGAUUUCUCGAAUAAAUCCAACCUCAACCGUCAUCACAGUAUCGUUCAUGUUGCGAUUCGAAAUUUCGAAUGCGCCCGUUGCCCGAAGAAGUUCAAACUGCGACAAGGACUCAAAACCCAUAUGCAACGCUGUCAUGGCGUCAACACAGAUGAACCGACAUUCGUUUUACAAAAACAUAACACUCAUCAUCACUAUCAUCAUCAUCAUCAACAACAACAUCCAUCGUUUGCUCAAUCAAAAUAA